GGCUUUUUUCACCAGUUUGGAGGUGUUUCUGACAUGGACACUCCAUGUCAGAUCCUUGGUAAUGUGCAUGCCAAGGAAUCUGACUGAGUUCACCCUCUCCACCUCUUAUCCACUGAUAUGGAGUGGGGACUGCAUGACUCUCCUGGUCCUCCUGAAGUCUAUGAUGACUUCCUUUGUUUUGGUGGUGCUGAGGACCAGGUCGUUCUCUGCACACCACCCUACCAGAUGUUGGACCUCCUGCCUGUACCAGGUCUCGUUGUCCCUGAUAAGGCCUACCACUGUGGUAUCGUCAGCAAACUUUAUCAGGGUGUUGGAGGAGUGGAUGGAGACACAGUCCAUGGUGAAGAGGGUGAAGAGUGCUGGACUAAGAACACACCCCUCUGAUGUGCCUGUGUACAUGAUUAUGGUGCUGGAUGUCAGGCUCCCCAUCCUGACAUUCUGAGUGCUGUUGGUCAGAAAGUCCAUAAUCCAUGAGCAUAGUGUGGUGGAGAGUCCAAGGUUGGUGAGUUUAUGUACUAGUUUAUGGGGGAUUAGAGUAUUGAAGGCACUGCUAAAAUCCACAAAGAGCAUCCUAACAUAGGUAUCCGGCUGCUCCAGGUGGGUUAGGGCUGUAUGAAGUGCAACUGAGACAGCAUCCUCUGUAGAUCUGUUCAUCCGGUAAGCGAACUGAUGGCUGUCCAGAUCUGUAGGGAUGCUUCGCUUGUUGUGUGGACGAUGGUGGUGGAUUUGAGGCAGGUGCUGACUGCAGUUUGUUGUAGGGAGAGGUUAAAGAUCGUUGUGAACACCUCAGCCAGCUGGUCAGCACAGGUCCUCCCCCCUGUGCUGGGUUCUUUCAGCAGGCUGGGCUCUUCCCUGCUGCUUGUCAAAGCGAGUAAAGAAGAGGUUCAGGGUGCCGGGGAGAUCUCUGUCCUGACUGACCUGUAUGUUGUUUUUGUAGUCAGUCAGGGAUUUAAUACCCUGCCACAUGCUGCGGGGGUCGUUGUUCUCAAAGUGCCCCUCUAUUUGCUGCGUGUAUUUGCCCUUGGCUUCUCUGAUGCCCUUUGCCAAGUUUUUUCUAGCAGUUUUGUAGUCCAGUUGGUUCUCUGACCUGUAGGUGGUGUCCCUGGCUUUGAGCAGCGACCGUACAUUUCCAUUAAACCAGGGCUUCUGAUUUGGGAGCACCCUGGUGGUUUUGGUAAGCAGUACGGCCUCAGUGCAAAAACUUACCUAAUCCAGGACAGCAGAGGUGUAGCCCUCUAGGUCAGAGACCUCAGAGAAAACAUCACAGUCUGUGAUGUCAAAGCAGUGCUGCAGAGAUGCAGUGGCCUCCUCACUCCGUACCUGCACAGUCUUUAUGGUGGGUCUGCGUCUGCACACUACUGGUCUGUAGGCUGGUGUCAGUAGCAGGGAGAUGUGGUCUGAAAGGCCAAGGUGUGGUGCUGCUGCAGCUUUGUAAGCUCCCCUGAUGUUUGUAUACACCUAGUCCAAAAUGUUAUUGUCUCUUGUGGGGAAGUUGAUGUGUUUAUGAAGCUUGGGCAGCACUGUCUUGAGCUCAACAUGGUUGAAGUCUCCUGCUACAAUCACAACUCCCUCUGGAUAGGCAUUUAGCUGGCUGUUUACAGAGCUGUGCAGGUCCUCCAGGGCUAGCUUAGCAUUAGUGUGUGGUGGGAUGUAAACAGCUGUGAUGAGGGCGACGGAGAACUCCCUCGGUAGAUAAAAUGGCCUGCAUUUUGCAACCAGAUACUCCAGAUCUGGAGAGCAGUGGGUCCAGAUCUAGAGUAUCUGGCUGUAAAAGGACACAGGCACUCCUUUAACCAGUGAAUAUUAAAGGCAGCUUUAUUUAAAAUACACAAUGGCACAGAUGACAAACAGAUGAGACUGGACUGUUGCAUGCUGGAUGCUGGCGUGUCAGUUAGAAAUGGUUUUAGACAGGAUGCUCUGGGACAACAUGAUCUGUCUACUAAAAUAUUUGCCAACUUUAUCAAGCUCUUUAGGAAGAGUAGAACAUCAUUCCACUAGCAAAGAGUCACUCUGUACUUGUCCUUUCUGGUCUAUGACCACAUUCUUUAUCUGACCAUUAUCAUUUCUUACAUACACUACCAUUCAAAGGUUUGGGGUUGCCCAGACAAUUUCAUGUUUCCCAUGAAAACUCACACUUUUCUUCCCGUGCUAACAUAAUUGCACAAGGGUUUUCUAAUCAUCAAUUAGCCUUGCAAUACCAUCAGCUAACACAAUGUUCCAUUAGAACACAGGAGUGAUGGUUGCGGGAAAUGUUCCUCUGUACCCCUAUGUAGAUAUUCCAUUAGAAAUCAGCCAUUUCCAGCUAGAAUAGUCAUUUACCACAUUAACAAUGUCUAGACUGUAUUUCUGAUUCAUUUAAUGUUAUCUUCAUUGGGGAAAAAAAUGAUUUUCUUUCAAAAAUAAGCACAUUUUUAAGUGACCCCAAACUUUUGAACUGAAGUGUAGUCAUACCUGGUUGUUUCACAACAUCCAUUCUGUUGCAGAGAUGCCAGAUGUAUUGGAACAAAAAAAUACUUACUUCUUUAUGUUAAAAAAAAAUGAUAAAAUUUAUUUAAAUAAUAUAUGCUGAAUUUAUAGCUUUGUUCAGUAUAAAUAACGUAGGAUCAGCGGUUAUUAGCAGCUGUGUUCAUUACUCUGCUGGUGACGCAGUGAAAGUUUUACAAGCGGCACAAUAACUUGAUUGCAAAUGGCAAAAGCUUCAUGUUAUAGACACACUGGUUUCUUUUAAAACUCAUACUGAGGAACUGACUAGGAACCUAAAAAUUUAAUUAGGCUUCUUUUUUUUGGAAAUAAACCUCUUUUUCAGUAGUAGAUUACAGAUUGCGCUGCAACAUUUUAUUUCAGUGCUUGAAAAUGCAGAUGUAAUUUACAUACGGUCACUGGGUGCUGUGUUUCACAGUGCUCUUUCAUUUAUUACAGGUGACAGUUUCAGGACCCAUCAUUUUAUACUCUAAAACUGGCCAUCACUGACCACUCAAAGGGAAUGGCAUUGGCCUUUUAUUUAUAAAGAUAUCCAAAAUAAAUUAUCAUGUUACUAUGAUUACUUUUAGGACUUACAAAUAUGAGUUACCUUACCUGUCAACAAGAUGGGAUUUUUCUGAAUGUCCCAUUUCUUAAUACAGAAUUGAGAAAAUGGCUUUUACUUAUGUUCCUCAUAGGUGGAAUAGGCUUCAGGGCUUUGUUAGGUAUGAAACAGUUUAAACCUCUGUUGAAUAAUGUUUUUGUGUAAUGAAUGCACCUGUUUUUCCUAAUGUGUCUUUUUAUUUUUGUGUGAUUGUUUAUAUGAUGUGUUCUCAGGGUACCAUUGUGAAUGAGAACCUCACUCUCAGUAGUUUUCCCCCCUUAUUAGACAUGGCCUCAGCUCCAGCACAGCAACCCACUCUGACUGUUGAGCAGACCAGAGUGGUUUUGAGUGAGGUGAUCCAGGCCUUUUCAGUACCAGAAAAUGCUGCACGGAUGGAGGAAGCUCGAGAAAGUGCUUGCAACGACAUGGGCAAGAUGCUGCAGCUUGUGUUACCUGUGGCAACCCAGAUCCAACAAGAGGUGAUAAAAGCCUAUGGAUUCAACAAUGAGGGAGAAGGUGUCCUCAAAUUUGCCAGACUGGUGAAGAUGUAUGAAACCCAGGACCCUGAAAUUGCAGCUAUGUCAGCCAAACUAAAGUCUCUCCUCCUGCCACCUCUGUCAACACCACCUAUAGGAGGUGCCAUUCCAGCUUCAUAGGAAUUAUUUACAUUCAUUGGUUAACUGCAGGUUAUGUUUAUUUAUGAUACUGUUUCCAAGAUCCUGUCUACCAUAUAUCUUUUUUGUGGAAAAGCUAUAGUUUCGAAACGCUAAUGCAUUCCAAGGUGAAAUAACAUUUUCAUAUUAUGGUUUCUUAUUACAUGAUAGCAUCCUUGCAGAGCCUUGUUUAUUUAUUUGUUACAUGUUCCACUAUGACCAUUUUUUUACAUCACUAAACCUGAAACAUUUCCUUUGAUGCCAUCUUUUAUGCCAUUUUU